AUGUCGUUCUCCAGUCUUGUUCAGGACCUCUCGCUGCGCGACAGCAAUGGCUCUCGCAGAUCCGCCCCGCCACCAUCCAUUUCCACUGCCGAUGACCGAACUUCACACAUAUCUCGAGCAAUGUCGUACACCAGCACGGCUGCCACCAGCGUGAGCAUCUCUGGUGGCAUUGGCAGUCAGUUACAUGGUGGCUACUUCCACCCUCUAGCCCGCUCGUGGCAGGCUGAGCGCCAACUGACCAAGUCCAUGUUCAUUUACCCAAUUUUCAUUACCGAUGGCCAAAACGACAUGAACUUGGUUGCCUCGCUCCCCGGCCAGUACCAGAUCAGCGUUGACAAGCUCGUGUCAUUCCUCGAGCCUCUUGUCCACAAGGGUCUCCGCUCGGUCAUGCUUUUUGGUGUCCCCAUGAAGCCUGGCACCAAGGACGCUCUCGGCAGCGCUGCUGACGACCCAGAGGGCCCUGUUAUUCAAAGUAUCCGCCUCAUCCGCCGCCGAUUCCCGCAGCUCUACAUCUGCACCGACGUUUGCCUUUGCGAGUAUACCUCUCACGGCCAUUGCGGCAUCCUGCGAGACGACGGCAGCCUGAAUAACCAGCUCUCCGUCGACCGCAUUUCUGACGUUGCUAUCGCCUACGCCAAGGCCGGUGCUCACUGCGUUGCACCCUCAGAUAUGAACGACGGGCGUAUUCGUGCCAUCAAGCUCAAGCUCAUUGAAGAAGGUAUCGCUCACAAGACCACUUUGAUGUCCUACUCUGCAAAGUUUUCGGGAUGCCUGUACGGACCAUUCCGUGACGCCGCCGGCUCUGCGCCAUCCUUUGGAGACCGCAAAUGCUAUCAGCUCCCUCCCAGUGGUCGUGGCCUUGCUCGUCGUGCCAUCGUCCGUGACAUUACCGAGGGCGCGGAUGUAAUCUUGGUCAAGCCUGCUGGUCAGUACCUUGACAUCAUUAGCGACGCCAAAGACCUCGGCAAGGACCUUCCAAUUGCUGCCUACCAGGUCAGUGGUGAAUACGCCAUGAUUCACGCCGCCGCCAAGGCGGGGGUAUUCGACCUCAAGAGCGCUGCAUUUGAGGCAACCGAGAGUAUUCUACGAGCUGGUGCUACCAUUGUCGUCAGCUACUUUACCCCCCAGUUCCUGGACUGGCUUGAGAACUAG